AUGCCAGAGACUACUACCACAAGCAAGCUUCCCUCAGUACCUGAGGAGGUCACUACUGAGUGGCUUUCCAGCGUCCUGAAGCUUCCCAUCAAGACUAGCGAGAUCACAAAGACCAUCCUUAACCAGACUGCAUCCAAGGUCUACGUCACUCUCACAUACGAAGAUGGCCCGGCUGGCAACGACCGCCCUGAGCACGUUUGCCUCAAGGGAGGCUUCAACCCGGAGAUGGUAAACAUGGAGGGCUACAAGGAGGCCCUCAGAAUGGCGUACAUGAACGAGAUCAACUUCUUCAACAUUGUUGCCCCGAGGCUGUCAAAUGUCGCCCUCGUAAAGGUGUGGUGGGCCGCCAUGAACACAGAGCAGGGCCAGGCCAUCUCCAUCAUGGAGGAUCUUAGCCUGGAAAACACUUUUGGCGAGCCGACUGAAGCCUGGUCAGUCGACAUGGUCAAGCAGGGAGUUGUCGAGCUGGCCGGUCUCCACGCUUCCACCUGGGGCGCAACCACCGACGACGCUGAUUAUUCCAGGCUCCAGUCUGCUUAUGACUUCGUCAUCAUGUCGCUUACCGAGAACUGGGACAUGAUCGUCGGGGAAAACCGCCCGCCCUUCCCUGAGAGCAUCCGUGACCAGAAGCGUCUCCAGGCUGCGCUGAGCAAGCACCUCAAGACUCACAACCCCAAGUUCCUCGCCGUGACGCACAGUGAUCCUCACUGCGGUAACACAUGGAUCACUAGCGACGGCAAGCCGCGGUUCCUGGACUGGCAGACCGUCCAGCUUGGCUCUGUUUUCCAUGACGUUGCCUAUUUCAUUCUGGGUGCGUUGCCGGUCGAGGAGCGACGGAAGCAUGAGUUUGAGAUACUUGAGCACUACCUUGAGGCUGUUGCUCGCUUCGGCGGACCCAAGCUCUCGAUCAAGGACGAGGAAGUCGUGACUGAGUACAAGAAAAAUGCCAUGUCUGGUAUUGGCUGGUGCCUCACUCCUUUUGAACUGCAACGUAAAGAGCGUGUCUUCGCCAUGUGCGAGAGAUAUUCUGCGGCUAUGGAGGAUCAUGACAUGAUGAAAAUUAUUGAGGCCUUACCUGAGCCGCAAACGAAUGGAAAGUCGUAA